CAUAAACCUUGACAGAAUGUCCCGAAAACUUAUCAAUCUUUUAAUGAAUUUUUAAAAAUUUUAAUUUUUGGCGCCUUUGUCUGGCAGCACUAUGAGAGGCAAAUACUUUCCAGCAAUCUGGUGGCGUUAUGCUCACCUUUCGCCCGGGUGGCAGCCCUGUGACAACCCCAACCAAAGCUCCACCAAAAUCUUGCCAUUUUUUUUCUGUUCCUGCAAGGUAAAUUGCCAUGUUUGCGCUACGACAGCUGCGCCUCCAGAGUGCGAGACACUUCCGCAGCUCUUAUGCAGCGACGGCAACAACAAAACACAUGCGGCUCCGGCUGCCAGCGCGUGUUCUGAUUGGAGAUUUGAGCCGCUGGGACAAACCGCAGAUGCAGGACAUCAGUUCCAGAAGCUCUAGUAGCUCCAUUGACCCCGUUAAGCCCUCUACGCCGAUGGAGGAACUCCUGGCGGCCACCAAGCCAUAUGCCCAACUAAUGCGAAUAGACCGGCCUAUUGGAACCUACCUCCUUUUCUGGCCCUGCGCCUGGAGCAUAGCCCUCAGUGCGGAUGCAGGAUGCUGGCCCGAUCUCACCAUGCUGGGAUUGUUUGGCACUGGGGCACUAAUAAUGCGCGGAGCGGGCUGCACCAUCAAUGAUCUCUGGGACAAGGACAUCGACGCCAAGGUGGAGCGAACCAAAAUGCGACCAUUGGCCUCCGGACAGAUUAGUCAGUUUGAUGCCAUAGUCUUUCUCUCGGCGCAGCUCAGUCUGGGUCUUCUCGUGCUGGUCCAGCUCAACUGGCAGUCUAUAUUGCUGGGAGCCAGUUCGCUGGGGCUGGUAAUCACCUAUCCGCUGAUGAAACGGGUCACCUACUGGCCCCAGCUGGUCCUUGGCAUGGCCUUCAACUGGGGCGCCCUGCUCGGCUGGUGCGCCACCCAGGGCAGUGUGAACCUGGCCGCCUGUCUGCCGCUCUACCUCUCUGGCGUUUGCUGGACCAUUGUGUACGAUACGAUAUACGCCCACCAGGACAAGUUGGAUGACCUGCAGAUAGGCGUCAAGUCAACGGCUCUGAGAUUCGGUGAGAACACCAAGGUUUGGCUGUCCGGCUUCACGGCAGCCAUGCUGACGGGUUUGUCCGCAGCGGGCUGGGCUUGCGAUCAAACAUUGCCUUACUACGCGUCAGUUGGAAUAGUGGGUGCUCACCUUGUGCAGCAGAUCUACUCCCUCAACAUUGACAACCCCAGCGACUGUGCCAAGAAGUUCUUCUCGAAUCACCAAGUGGGCCUCAUUCUGUUCCUCGGCAUUGUGCUGGGCACUCUCCUGAAAUCAGAUGAAACAAAGAAAAAGCGCCAAGCCACACUGACAACUGCGACGGCCAGCUCCUAUGUCCCCACGUUACCCCAAAAGCCAGAGGUUAUAAGCUGAGAUAUUCCAAGCCGGUCGGAGUUCUGUGCUAAUUAUCGUUUAUCGCGCGCUUUUCGUUCGCCAAAACCAAAGUCUUUAGGUAUCUGAUUAGGUAAAACCGUGUAAAUAGGGUUAUGACAAUUUUUAGUUUAUUAGCAAUAUUUUAAGUCAAAAAGAUUGCUAAGUGCGCAGCUCACUUUAACAUUAAUUAACUUUUAAUUGUAAGUGCCCCCUUGACGUAAGAACUUACGUAAAUCACCCAUCCCCUCAAACCCCCUUUCCCAUUUCUAAAACAAACUGGUUUCUGUAUUAAAUUCUUAUGUGUUAUUUAUUAUUAUACAGAUUUUGGUUGUCUAUUGAAAGCCAAAUACUCUUCAAUUGUA